AAUGGGAUGUCCAGCCAGUUCAUAUAGAGGUGAUGGUCAGGUGUCCACAUGCUUUUGGCCAUGUAGUCUGUGUGUAUGUGUGUAUAUUCCACAUUAAUUCUGUGUUUUAAAUACAUGUUGAUGUUCAUGAAUACAUUCAUCUUUGUUCUUAUUUAUAGAUGCACAGUAAAAAAAUAUAAUGCACUGGACUGCAUAGAACACCAGGAAGUCCCUCCUACUCAGUUCAGAGAAAACGAAACUGAUCUCAGAGAGCUGCUCUCUCUCGGACCAGAAAUGCAGGAAAAUGGCAGAGGCCAGUAUUUCAGUAGCUCACGACCAGUUCAGCUGUCCAGUCUGUCUGGAUCUGCUGAAGGAUCCAGUGACCAUCCACUGUGGACACAGUUUCUGUAUGGUGUGUAUUAAUGGCUGCUGGGAUCAGGAGGAUCAGAGGGGGGUCUACAGCUGCCCCCAGUGCAGAGAGACUUUCACUCCAAGGCCUGUUCUACGCAGAAACAACAUGCUGGCUGAAGUGGUGGAGAAACUGAAGAAGACAGAACUCCGAGCUGCUUCUCCUGCUCCCCGUUACGCUGGACCUGGAGAUGUGGAGUGUGAUUUCUGCACUGGGAGAAAACUCAAAGCCAUCAAGUCCUGUCUGACGUGUCUGGCCUCCUUUUGUGAAACUCAUCUUAAACCUCACUAUGAAGUUCCUGCACUGAAAAAGCACAAGCUGGUCAAAGCCUCCUCACAGCUACAGGAGAAGAUCUGCUCUCAGCAUGACAAACUGAUCGAGAUCUACUGUCGUACUGACCAAAGCUGCAUCUGCUAUUUAUGUACAAUGGAUAAACACAAAGGUCACGAUACAGUCUCAGCUGUGACAGAGAGAACCGAGAAACAGAAUCAGCUGAAGGAGAUUCAGAGGAAAUUCCAGCAGAGAAUCCAGGAGAAACAGAAGAAGCAGCAGGAGCUGAAACAGGCUGUGAAGACUCUUACGCGCUGUGCUCAGUCAGCAGUGGAGGACAGUGAGAGGAUCUUUACUGAAUUGAUCCGCUCCAUUGAGAAAAAGCGCUCUGAGGUAACAGAGCUGAUCAGAGCUCAGGAGGAGGCUGAACUGAGUGGAGCUGAAGAACUCCUGGAGAAACUGGAGCAGGAGAUCGCUGAUCUAAAGAGGAGACACACUGAGCUGGAGCAGCUUUCACACACAGAGGAUCACAUCCAUUUCCUCCAGAGUUUCCAGUCUCUCUGUGUCUCUUCUGGAUCUGAAGACUCACCCAGCAUCACUGUCCAUCAACACCUCUCAUUUGAUGGAGUGAGGAGAUCUCUCUCUGAGCUGAAGGAGCGACUAGAGGAGUUCUGCAGAGAGGAGUUCAGUAUAAUCCCUCCACAUGCUGCAGCAGUUCAGAUUUUAUCCUCAGAACCAAAAACCAGAGAAGAUUUUCUGCAGUAUUUCUGUCAGCUGACUCUGGAUCCCAACACAGCGUAUCGUCACCUCAUUCUGUCUGAGAAGAACAGAGUGGUGACAUUGAGUAAUAAAGUCCAGUCGUACUCUGACCAUCCAGAGAGAUUUGACUAUUGGGAUCAGGUGUUGUGUGAGGAGAGUGUGAGUGGACGCUGUUACUGGGAGGUUGAGUGGAGCAGUGAGAGAGGAUGGGUGCGCAUAUCAGUCUCAUAUAAAGGGAUCAGCAGGAAAGGACGGGCUUAUGAUUGUGUGUUUGGACGCAACAGUCAGUCCUGGAGUCUGCGGUGUUCUUCCUCUCUCACUUUCUGGCACAAAAACAUUCAGACAGAAAUCUCAGGACCAUCAUCCUUCAGAAUAGGAGUGUAUGUGGAUCACAGUGCAGGAACUCUGUCCUUCUACAGCGUCUCUGACACAAUGACCCUCCUACACACAGUCCACACCACAUUCACUCAGCCGCUCUACGCUGGGUUCCUCAUUGGUGGUGUUGGAUCAUCUGUGAGAUUAUGUGAGAAAAAGUGCAGGAAAAUGGCCAGUAUUUCAGUAGAACGUGACGAGCUCAGCUGUUCAAUCUGCCUGGAUCUGCUGAAGCAUCCAGUGACCAUCAACUGUGGACACAGUUUCUGUUCGGUGUGUAUUAACAGACACUGGGAUGAGGAUGAUCAGAGAGGGGUCUACAGCUGCCCCCAGUGCAGAGAGACUUUCACUCCAAGGCCUGUUCUACGCAGAAACAACAUGCUGGCUGAAGUGGUGGAGAAACUGAAGAAGAAAGAACUCCAAGCUGCUUCUCCUGCUCCCCGUUACGCUGGACCUGGAGAUGUGGAGUGUGAUUUCUGCACUGGGAGAAAACUCAAAGCCAUCAAGUCCUGUCUGACGUGUCUGGCCUCCUUUUGUGAAACUCAUCUUAAACCUCACUGUGAAGUUCCUGCAUUGAAAAAGCACAAGCUGGUCAAAGCCUCCUCACAGCUACAGGAGAAGAUCUGCUCUCAGCACAAUGAAGUGAUCAAGAUCUACUGUCGUACUGACCAAAGCUGCAUCUGCUAUUUAUGUACAACGACAGAACACAAAAAUCACAAUACAAUUCCAGCUGCAAUAGAAAGAACCAAGAAACAGAUUCAGCUGAAGGAGAUUCAGAGUAAAUUCCAGCAGAGAAUCCAGGAGAAACAGAAGAAGCAGCAGGAGCUGAAACAGACUGUGAAGACUAUUAAGCUCUGUGCUCAGUCAGCAGUGGAGGACAGUGAGAGGAUCUUUACUGAACUGAUCCGCUCCAUUGAGAAAAAGCGCUCUGAGGUAGCAGAGCUGAUCAGAGCUCAGGAGAAGGCUGAACUGAGUGGAACUGAAGAACUCCUGGAGACACUGGAGCAGGAGAUCGCUGAUCUAAAGAGGAGACACACCGAGCUGGAGCAGCUUUCACACACAGAGGAUCACAUCCAUUUCCUCCAGAGUUUCCAGUCUCUCUGUGUCUCUUCUGGAUCUGAGGACUCACCCAGCAUCACUGUCCAUCAGCACCUCUCGUUUGAUGGAGUGAGGAGAUCUCUCUCUGAGCUGAAAGAGCGACUAGAGGAGUUCUGCAGAGAGGAGUUCAGUAAAAUCCCUCCACAUGGUAAGAGGAGCUGUCCUGCUGUGGAACAUAAGGAUGGAAAUCUUUCCUUGAACAGGAAGAGUAAAGCUGCAGCAGUUCAGAUUUUAUCUUCAGAACCAAAAACCAGAGAUUUAAUGCAGUGUACGGAUUUCUGUCAGCUGACUCUGGAUCCCAACACAGCAUUUUGUCGCCUCAUUCUGUCUGAGAAGAACAGAGUGGUGACGCGGAGUGAUAAAGAGCAGCCGUACAAUGAUCAUCCAGAGAGAUUUGACAGCUGGUCUCAGGUGUUGUGUAAGGAGAGUGUGAGUGGACGCUGUUACUGGGAGGUUGAGUGGAGCCGUCGGGGAACUGUGUACGUAUCAGUCUCAUAUAAAGGGAUCAGCAAGAAAGGUUGGGGUAAUGACUGUUUGUUUGGACACAACAGUCAGUCCUGGAGUCUGCAGUGUUCUUCCUCUCUCUCUUUCUGGCACAACAACAUUCAAACUAAGAUCUCACGUCCAUCAUCCUCCAGAAUAGGAGUGUAUGUGGAUCACAGUGCAGGAACUCUGUCCUUCUACAGCGUCUCUGACACAAUGACCCUCCUACACACAGUCCACACCACAUUCACUCAGCCGCUCUACGCUGGGUUCUGGGUUAAUGGUGUUGGAUCAUCUGUGAGAUUAUGUGAGAAAUAAUGAUUUAUCUAUUAAAUGUGACUGUUACUUUAUAGAUACACUCAGAAUAUUAUUUACACUGUUUUGUUAAUGAACCAUGUACAUUUUUAAAUAGACAGAAUCUUUAACAAUCCUGGAGAAAAUUUCAGGCUUAUCACAAAUACAGUUCUGUACAAAAUUACAAAGUUGUAAAAUUCAUGUACAGUAUCAGUCAAAGGUUUGGACACACUUUACUGCAUAUAUUUACUAAUCAGGCAUAAAAUUAUGACCACCUCCUCGUUUCUACGCUCAUUGUCCAUUU